AUGGUUCUACUAGGCCGUCUUUGCGUGCUCGCUGUAGCUGCUUGUUUGACAACUUUUGCCAGGGCCGAGUCUGUGGACGGCAUCAGAGGCCUCGCUAAUCGGAUUCUCAACGGACACGGCGAUGCCUUUGAUUUUGUAUUGACUACGCAGAAUGAGCCGUGGUCUCGCUGGAAGAUCCCCGACAAUGACAACUACACUGUCAAAUCCUAUGACAAUGGCAAGAUUCGCAUAGAAGGCACUACGCUCAGCGCGCUGUCUAGAGGCCUUCGUCACUAUAUGACCGAUACGCUUCAACUUGACGACUACUGGUUCGUUGAACGCUACAAACAAGUCCCAGAGUCGCUACCUUGGCCCAAACAUACCUUGGAAGGCGCCAGCAUCGUGCCGUGGAGAUAUAAUCUCAACACGGUGACCUUUUCAUAUACUUUUGCUUGGUAUAGUUGGGAUGACUGGGAGAAACUGCUCGACUGGGCCGCUCUCAGAGGCAUAAAUCUACACCUCGCGUGGGUCGGCUACGAAAAGGUGUUUCUCGAGAGCUUCCGCGACAUGGGCAUGACAGAUGACGAGUUUGAUCUCCAGAAGAAGAUUGUGGCGCGGAUGGUCGAGCUUGGCAUCACCCCAAUCCUGCCGGCUUUUACUGGAUUUGUCCCAGAAGCAUUUAAAAGAGUGCGUCCCCAGGCCAAUGUGACACAAGCGUCGAACUGGGGCGUUCCCAAUGCCUACACCCGAGACACGUUCCUCAGCCCACUCGACGAUGCCUUUACAGAGCUGCAGCACAUGUUCAUCACAAAGCAGAUGGACGCGUUCGGCAACAUUACCAACAUAUACACCCUGGACCAGUAUAACGAGAUGUCUCCUGCCUCUGGAGAUGUCAAUUAUUUGUCUGGCGUCUCUACUAGUACCUACAAGGCCCUAUCUGCAGCAAACCCUGCAGCGAUUUGGCUUCUCCAGGGCUGGCUGUUCUACAACGAGCAAUCUUUCUGGACCCAAGAGCGGAUAGACGCAUAUCUCAGUGGAGCUGAGGGAAGAGAUAGCAUGCUCAUACUCGACCUUUAUUCUGAAAACCAGCCGCAGUGGCAGCGCACCAACAGCUACUCUGGCCGUCCUUGGAUAUGGUGCGAGCUGCACGACUUUGGCGGCAACAUGGGCUUGUUUGGCCAAAUCACCAACAUUACAGUCAAUUCAGUGGAGGCGCUACAGGACUCGGACUCAUUGGCUUGGUCGUCGACAUCGAUCGACACGAAGCAGUAUUUCCGCGAAUGGACCACCCUCCGGUAUGCUGGUGCAUUGGCUAUUCCGACAUCUCUAUACGAUGCUUUGGAAAUACUACGAGCAACUGUCUACGAUGUGGCUGAUCCCGACGUGCCCUGCGUCGGCGUGGGACUUUUCCAGAUAUUCCCAGGUCUGACCGGUCUUCUCAAUCGCACAGGUCACUUCCCUGCUCCUACAGCCAUCCCGUACGAUCCGAAGGCUCUGGUGAAAGCGUGGAGCCUGAUGUUUGAAGCUGCGAAGAAGGAACUCUCGCUGUGGCAAGUCCCAGCAUUCCAGCUUGAUUUCGUCGACGUGACACGACAGGUGAUGAGUAACGCCUUUAUUGACAUCUAUUCCGAUCUUGUUCAGACGUACAACAACACCAUGUCGGGAUUCGCGGAGCCGAACAAGAAGGCCUUCUCGUCUCAAGUUCGGAACGUCGUGUCUGAGAAGGGCAAAAGGUUGCUCGAAUUCCUUUCUGCCAUUGAUCUGGUUCUCUCGACAAACAGCCACUUUACUUUGGACCAUUGGCUAAGCGCAGCGCAAUACUGGGCCAAUGCUAUCGGGUCAGAUAACCUGAUUGCUUUUAACGCGCGUAGUCAGGUGACAGUUUGGCAGAUUGACUCGCCAUCACUAGACGAUUACGCGGCAAAGGAGUGGUCUGGCCUGACCCAGUCAUAUUACCGCGAGAGAUGGGCCAUCUUUGUUGACGCCCUUGAGAAGGCUACUAGGACGGGCUCCCUCAACGAGACUGCCAUGAACGCCGAUAUCUCGGCAUUUGAGAAGUCGUGGCAGUACGAAGGCUUCAGCACUAGUGGCCAGUCGAGGCUUCCUGUGGCUCACUUGGAAGACAUCGUGCAUAAAGUCCAAAGAGACUGGCCAGCUGUAUUUUCUGUAAAGGACCGGGUGAAUAUAUAG